UCUUUUGUGAAAGCUGGGAGUUAAUCACUUGAGCGGCACACGCCAGUUCUAUGGGAGCACAUGUCGUACACUGGCUCCCCUGGGGGGAGCGGGAGGUCCCAGAACACACACCCCCUAACAGACACACACACACACACACACACACUGAGAGAAAGAGCAAAAUUUACAUGUCAGUUAUAAUGCAAAGCUCGGUACAGGCCGACUAGAAAGGCCCACCCCCUCCAGAGGACAGUUAGCAGACCCUCCUGGCCAUGGUGAGAGUGUGAGGUUUGCAUUUGCUGUUGGUUCACUCAAGGGCAUACACACACACAUGUCUGCCUGUUCACUUUCUCCAGCACUGAAUAGAUGACUCUGCAGGGGCCUUGCUAGAGAUGGAUGCGUAGAUUGACCUGGCAGUAAGUACAAUCUAUUGUUUCAUUACUUCAGUCCCAUGUCAGUGGAGGAUGCUAAUAUCUGAGAGUGAUAGUGAAGGCUGGAGUUUAGAUUUAGUGGCAGACAUCUAGGCACAGUAGAAUAGAGGCAGUCAUGUCAGAGACUGUUUACAUCAGUGGCACAGACUGGGGGAUGGCUUUGCUUUGUUCUAUUGCAGGUGCAAAUUUAACAUCAUGGACCAUUACUCAACAUUUUCAGUGGGUUUACUUUCUAGAAUAUAUUUUGAAUUUCAUCUCGACUGAAACAGAAAAUCAAAACUGAAGACUUCCAAUCGGUUAUGUGAUUCUUUCAUGAUUGGAAGUCCCUAAUGCAAUUUGGGAUUUUCUUUUCUUUUUCUCUAUGCACCUUAAAUAGACAACUGUCAGCUUUUUAUUCUUCUGUGGAAAACCACUCAAACUUCCCCACUCUGUCUCACUUGCUGUCUGUCUCUGAUGCUCCUAUUAUUCUCCUCAUGAUGAAACAUCUAUUUUGUACAUGUCUCAUUUUGCUUAUCAUUGUUUUCCGGGCGAUGAAAAGUGACAGCCUUGAUCAGCUCUCCCGCCUUCAUUCAGCAUUUUCCCCUUCAAGCAUGCCCAUCAAACACCUCAGUAAAAUGACACUGACAGCUAUGCGUAUGCUUACCAACACAACCGUGCAACCAAUAAUUAUUGAGUAGCCUUGAGCCAAAUGCAAUGUACACUAAUAUGUGACUUAUGUCAGGCCAUUAGUCCCCUGCUUUGUUCGUGUGGCUAUUAUGAAAUGCUUAAAGGCUGAGGACCAGGUGGUUAGGGGAGUCCACAGGGCUGAUCAGCCAGUAUGGAGCCCUCUGCUACUAAGACACUUCUUUUCCCCUGUGGGUUGGAGAUCAGGACUAGCAACAUCUGGGGUCUGGUUGUCUUUAAAAGGGAGGUGGGGACAGUGAACAGAGAGCAUCACUUGUACCUCUAUGGAUAAAUGUCCCUGCAUUUAAAGUGAGAAUGUUAACAACACAAAUCCAUCCAUGUUCUGUGCUCUAAUCCGAUCUGUAUUUCAUAAUCCCAGCCACAUUAUUAAAACUUGAUAUUUCUGUGUGGUCUGUCAAAACUGUGUUCAAGUACAAUGGCAAAUCCAAAAUGUUUGUACAGUGUUAUUCAGGUGACAGCACCAGCCAAGUGUUGAGUAGGCUGUAAGUAGCCUAAUUGCCAGUUUGUUUUGAGGAAGGGCACCCAAAGGGUUAUUUGUCAAAUUCAACGGCCGGGCCAUAAAUCUAGACACACAAAGCCAGGCAGCGUGCCAAGAAAGACUGUUUUUCACUUUGUUUGUUUUGCAAAUGCGAACACACCUGCCUCAACAUUGCAAGUCUGGACUGAACAGGAAACAAUAAAAUUUAACAACAUCAAAAAGGAAACCUGAUAAGCAUCACAAGAACUGUAACAUUUUGUCAUAUCAUGAAAAACACCUUCUAUUUAAGGAUCAACCACUAUGUUCUCUGUGUUUAAUGUGUAUUAUCCCUGCCUUGUCUUGCAGAUGGAGCCACUCACAGUACUUCUCUGGGGUCAUGAAUUGUGUCCUCCCCUCACCUUUGUGUAAUCUGACCACCUGGAUUUCAGCCCCACCCUCACCUAUGCCUGCAGGACCAUGGGUAGUGUCAGCAGCCUCGUCAACGGGAACAGCCUUAACAGCAAACACUGCAAGGCGUCUGAACAUAGGUUAAGAAAGGGAACAAAUUCUCAUAGAAAGAGUGGAGGCUGCAGCCUUGACGAGCUACUGAGGUGCGGCUUCUCUCAGGGCUCCUCGUCCACCUCUCAUCCCUCAAAAGGCCUGUCCCACUCCCGGUCAGGGCGGAGUGAAGAUUUUUUUUACAUCAAGGUGAGCCAUAAACCAAGGUCAGUGUACCACAGAGGAGGACCAAUGGAAGAUCAUGCAGGAGGAAAGAACAGAGAAGGGGAAUCAGAUGGGCGACUGCAACCAAAACUGCUGCUCAUGUCAGGAAAAAUGACUGAGAGGACCUCUGCUGAGAAGUCAUUGGUCCGUUCCACUGCCUUCAAGCCUGUGAUUCCCAGGAGUACAUCCUCCUCAGACACAGGCCACAACAGCCUGGACAACAUCCUUUGUCCUCCGGAGAAAGCAAGGAGUCCAGACAUUAGACACAAGCAAGACACCUUCUCAGGAACUCUCUCUGACUCUGGACGCAACUCUAUGUCUAGCCUGCCCACCCACAGCACCAGCGGCAGCCUAAGUGCUUCCACGGGCCCUGUCAGUCACAGUGAUGGCAGCUCAGCUCCCGCAAACAGCCUCAGCAAGGGAGUGCAACCCAAUUUCCCUCCAUGGGUCAAUGGGAAUAGCACUAACCUUGACUGUAGCUACAGGGCUGGUUUAAACAGCGAAGGGUUGGCAUCAAAGGCUAAUGGGGAUGCUGGCUCCCCACUUUCUGCAGAUGAGCCAAGCACUCUCUCUGAAACUGCAGGUGGGAUUCGGUCCCCCAUUACUACAGAUGAGUCACUGAUUGAACGUUUGGAACAAAGGCUGAUGGAGAGAGAGACUGAACUGCAGGAGCUACAGGUGAGUUUUGAAGACAAGGAAGCAGACACCUGCCGGCUGUUUGAAGAAAGACAAAGGUACUGUGCUGAUGAGAUGGAGGGGCUGAAGCAGCGAUGUUCCACAAAGCUACGGCAAGUGUCCCAAAUGGCUGUAAAAACCCAGCAAGCACUCCAGCUGCAGGUCAGCCAGCUCCAGGCAGAGAAGGAGAGGCUUCAGGACGAUGUCUCAAACCUUACCCGAGAGAAGGAUCUUGUUGAGCUCAGGCUGAGGUCUUACGUGACAGAGAGUUCACAACUCGCUCCGACACUUGAGGAAACUCAAUGGGAGGUGUGCCAAAAGACAGGGGAGAUCUCACUGUUGAAGCAGCAACUGAGAGACUGCCAGGCAGACGUCAGCCACAAGCUGAACGAGAUAGUCAGCCUCAGGACGUCACUGAAGGAGAACACAGCAAAGAUGGAGAUGCUCGAAAGACAGAAUAAAGACCACGAGGACAAACUUCACUCCCGCACCAUAGAGGUUGAGGUUUGCCAAAAUGAACUCCAGCGCAAGAAGAAUGAGGCUGAUUUGCUGAGAGAGAAGGUGGGCAAACUGGAGACAGACAUUCAGGGAAUGAAACAGGAUCUGGCUAUGGCCAAAGAGCGGAGGCUGCAGCAGAGUUUGCAACUUGAGGCCCAUGCCCAGACUGAGGCCUUGGGAAGGCUAAUCCAAGGCUCAGACUCCCUCGCCCAGGGCCAGGUGGAGGAGAACAGUGGACACAUCACCACAGAAUCACUCCAAAGAGAAGUGGAGAGACUGAAGCGGCAGCUCGGGGAGGAGAAGGAGGCACAGGAGAGGCUGGCUAACAGCUUUGAGCAAGAGAGGCAAACAUGGAACAAGGAGAAAGACAGGGUCAUCAGGUACCAGAAGCAGCUCCAGAUCAAUUACCUGCAGGUGCACAAGAAGAACCAGGACCUGGAAAGGAUCCUGAAGGAGCUGACCGCUGAACUGGAGAGCCGGACAGAGCUUGGCGUGGACAUCACAUACACCUCAGGGUUACAAACAUAUGAUGACGUUAUUGCCACAGAGAUUUGAUGGGAGCACUCACACACGUUCAGCAAAAGUGAACUCGGCACUUGACUAUUUUUUCACCACAGAUAUUUAUGAUACUAUAACAGCUGGAGAGCAGUGUUUUACAAGGGUUAUUUAAUAGAGCAAUCUAGGGCAUCUUAGUCACACAAAAAACAUAACAUUAAAAAAGGCUUUUUGUGAUGACACUGUUAGUACUUGUUUAAAACUAAAUGCUAAGUUAUUUAAUGCUCAAAUGAGAAUUUUUUUAUUUCAUUUUUUACCAUGCUGUCUAACAGGACCACUCAUAGUUCAAGUCGUGCACAAUAUUGUAGUUUAAACACCAUUUAUUACUUGUUGGUUGACAGCUGAUUUAUCUGUUUCAUGAUUAAUGUCUGAUGGUAACACAUGAUAAGCAUGAUAGUGGCUUAACAUCUGUCCCUUCCAGCAUGGCAACUGACAGUGAUGUAUCAUCUGUUGUGAGUCUGGGUUCCUGAACCUUAUUAGACUUUGCUUUGUGUAUCCACGUUACUGUAUGCUCCUGCACUCUUCACUCGUAGAGGGUUUGUGCAUGGAAAACGGUUUGUAACCAUUUGAUGAGUCAUUUAAAACAAUACACAGGUCUUACGAUGUGAAUAUUUAUUAUAUCCACACCACUGUAAAAAGUGUUUUGCACUUCAAAAUACAUGUUAAAAUCAUUUGAAGCUGUCAUGCAUUUUCAUCCUUAAAGGGGAACUUCUGUAUUUUACAACAUGAGCCAUAUUUUCUCAUGUUUUUGUGUUUGAUAGGAACAAUACUUUUGGAAAUUGGUCCACCAUGAAGGAAGACUGUGGCAGCCCUGAAACACACUGCGGUGUAAUCUUUGGGGCAAUAGUGCACCAGGAAUGUGUGUCUACUCAAAGUGCUUUUUGCCACUGACAGGCUCAGAUUGAUAUUAUAAGUGUCAGAUGAAAAACUAAAAUGUUUUUCUUUCCCUUUUGCUUGUUCCGGAUUGUUGUUAUGGUCUUCCUGUAACAACCCAACAUGUAAGACUUCAGAAAGAGACUUCUCUUUUACACUCAAUAACUAACAGACUGGAUCAAGGGAAAGGUAAAGAAAAAUGAUUAUUUCUUUGUCAGACAUUUGUAAUAACAUUUGGAGCCUGUCAGAAGCAAAAACAAGCACGAUACGUGGAUGUACAAUGACAUUGCGCUAUUGCCCUGAAGAAAAUUCAAUUCAGAUAUAUUUUUUAUGCACUAUACUUAAUAUAUUAAGUUAAUACAUCUGUAUGUUUCUUCUCAUUUUCUGGAUCUAGUCAAACUCAAACUUUCUGUUUCUGACAACAUUUCAGUGAAUCAGUAAAUCAUCUUACAAGGCAGUGUCAUUGCAUGUGUCAGUCCAGGUUUCAUUCACUGUAAAAUCUGACAAGUUUAUCUUACCCAAAAAAACAAUCUAGCCAAAUGGUUUGAAAAGGUUUUAAGUAAGAGUUAAAGUAAAUAUAACUCUUAGUCUUAAGUUAUUUUUUCCUUUGUAAGUAUCAAAAGUAUUACAAGGUAAAUAAAACUAAGGACUAAUAGUUUUGUUUACUUGCCUCAAGGUAAUCAGUUUCCUAGAUUUUUAAAUACGAUCAACUUGUCAGCUUUUACAAUGUAUAUUAUCACUCAUACAAUAACUCACUGAACAGAUAAAUAAUUGAUUUAUAAAUCUACUUUAUUGUAGUUCAGACUGACUGUUUUGAUGACUUCUUACGUUUGUAAACCAGUUAUCUAAUUUAACUGUCCAAGGCUCCAUCUACAAACUUGAGCAAGCCCAUGAACACUUUGAUGAGUUGAUGUGUCACUGCAUUGUCUGCAUAUGCAUGAAACCUCCUAAAGCCAAUCUAAUGCCUGAAUCCUGAUACAGAAAUGCACAAAUACAGUAUAUACUAGAGAGCACCUCUGACAGAUACCAAGGGCAAAUGCUAAUUUUGGGAUUCACUUUGUGCUCUGUGUGUGUUUAGAGAGUGAGAGGGAGAUUAAACGGGGCUGAACAGAAUGCAAUAAAAGCAAAUAUUUUUAGAGAACAACAAAGGGAAAAAAGGGUGAUCUCCUGGUAAUGUCUAUCUCUCUCUCUACAUUGUUCAUCUAACUUCAUGAGAGUUCGUUGGCACCGUUCCACUUGGAGACAAACAAUCCUUCCUAGCAGCAGCCCUGGACAUUUGGCUCUGCUAUUUUGGAGCUAUUCCACUUCCCACAAGGGCAAAGUAGUUUGUGAAGCAAAAAGUUUAACUACUACACCCACUCGAUACUCAGGGGCUCACAUAGACUAUCAGGCAGAAAUAUAUGCACACUGCGCUGGUCAAGAAUGUGUGGCAAUCUCUGUAAUGAGGCUGCUGCUUGAGAUUGCUCAGCUACCCACCAUUACAUUACAUUACCACAGCAGGUCAGGAGAGAUUUGGAGGCAGACAGACUAAGUGGAACUAAGGUGAGGAGCUGUAACCAGUGGCACUCAAACUCAAAAGUCUGAUAAGUGUUUCACAGCCCUUAGUCUGGUCCUUAGCACAGAGAAGUGGUCAGAUAGGGAAGCAGCAAAAGGACGGUUGAUAGUGCAGCUAUAUGGCACUGGUGAAACUUUCAAUGUGAUUCAAUGUACAGAAUCAAUCUCUUGUACACCUUGGGCAAAAAAAAGCCUCAGUGAAACAGACAGUAUGCUGGAAUUGAAUUGGAAAUCAGUGACAACAAACAAGUCAACUUGCAAACACGGGUAAUUUAAAA